GUCCGUCGCAACCUCUCUUACAGCACUUCGCAUCAAACCCACCAACGAUCCCCCCCCCCCCACACUGUCCACACCUCCAUGUUGGCAGCCUAGCUCCUUAACCCUCAUUUAGCUCGCGGCCUAUUUAACAUCCCCUUCCCUCCUGUCCCUCUCCCACCCUACCCUCUUUCCCUCCGUCGCCCAAGUAAACAAACACUCCCGUCUCGAAAAUACUAUCCACACCCAUGUCCGUCUUUCCGGUUCGCCCACGCCCUCCCGACUCGAACUACUCAUAGAAAAGAUAUCGUGCCCCAACAACAAACGCACAAUUAGAAGAGGCAAGAGACCCAUUCAGCUACACAUGGCUGACGCAACUACCACCAUAUUCAAUUUCUCCACUGUCAUAGCUCUCAGUGAUGCCCUGGCCACCAAUCAAAACAGCAACCCCCUAGUCAUCAAUCCUGAUAAAAUUAGCGGAGCUACUCCUCACAGGUCCCUUGGUGAUUUUACUCCCCUCUGGGAUUUUUUGGGCUCCUCGCCUGAGCCGUGCUCAACUACUGACGAGGACGAUUCCUUCCCCCCCACUCAAAUCCAUCCAUCGCCGAGAAGAAAGCGUAAGAAGCGCCACUCAUGCUCCUCUAAGGUCGAUGCGGUUACCGAGGAGACCCUACCGGCGGUGAGGCCGAGAGCGAUGGAAAUACCGGCUCCUCUGCCACCAGUGUUCCAGCAACCAGUGCCAAGUGUGGUUGCAAAUGUCCAUCUUGAGGAUCCAUUUGAUAAGCGACCUGUAAUUCGGUCGCUGAUGACCUCGGUUGAGAGGAAAGCGCAACUAGUCCAGAAGAUACUUUCACUAUUCCCUGCUCAGGCUUCCCGUCUCCUUACUCGCCCUGGUCUCCGGUCAGGUGCGAGGGACCCCUCGGACACCGACAUUCAUGUGUUUGUCGAUGCUUCCAAUGUAUUUUCCGCCUGCAUCCGGUUUCUAUUCAAAGCUGACCUGAUCGAACUUCAGAUCCUGAUCGGAUUUUACGAGUGCAUCAAGAGGCGCAGGGGGUAUCCCCGCGGCGCGGCCGUUCGCCAGCCCGCGUUUUCCUUCCAUGGCUUAUCUCUUAUCCUCGAGAGGGGACGGACAUGUUCCAAGAGGGCAUAUGUCGGAAGUUCGCCAACAACCGUGUCCGCACUCGAAGCUCGUUCUCUUGGCUACGAGGUUAGUCUGCUCGAGAGAGUAGAAAAGGAACAGGCGAAUACAAAAUACUCCUCUUCUUCGGGUUCUGAGGGCGCACACAAACGGCGCACCCGGAAGGUAGAGCAAGCAGUUGACGAAAUCCUUCAUCUCAAGAUUUUAGAGAGCGUUCUGGAUUUCACGCCGACUACUAUUGUCUUGGCUAGUGGCGAUGCAGCUCAAGGAGAGUACAGCCCUGGUUUCUUCAAGGUCGUCGAGAGAUGUCUUGACAGGGGUUGGAAAAUUGAGCUGGUAUCAUUCAAGGCAAGCUUGAGUUGGCUUUACUCAAACAGGAAUUUCUUAAAGAAAUGGAAGGGUGCUUUUUCGCUGGUCUUGCUAGACACUUUUGCUGAGGAGCUCUUAGAGUAACGCAUAACCUUUCUCUUAUGCUGGUAUUUCUCUACUCCUUCACGAUGUCCUUUUUUCACCAUGUUCAGAACCUUUUAGUUCUCACACCGCCUUUAUUUUUUGCGCGGUCCAUCUCUUAUGGCUUCUAUCUCUUGAUCCUUUUUUUUUUUUCCUAUUUCUCUCAUGUCUUGUUUUUCUUUCAACCUUAUAUUUCGUGAUCCUGGCCUGCCCAAUGAUUUGGGUGGGGGUUCCAGUAUUUUUUAAGGAACCUGGAGGUAGGAGGAUGUUUUGGUGCUUGCACUUGCACUGUGCCAGUACGGUAUUCUACCAUGCUAAAGCUUUGGGGGACUUGUAGAAAGGUACCUCUUUUGACCACACCGAUUUUUAUUGCGUUGUAUCAUAAAGCGUCUUGUUAGGUUAGUACCAUAGCACGGUUUUGUUGUCAUAAUAUCCUAUUACCUGACAGCAUCCACGGAAACAGUGCCUGGGAGAAGUGAAAUACCAUAAUCCACUUG